CUAUUGAAUAGUACUGUGGUGAUAUUUAUUAACAUCUUGUUUUAACUGUAACUGUGCUUGAUUUUCAAUUGUUUUACUAUUUAUGUUUAUAAGUACGUAGUCCUCAGCGGCUAGCCUAAUUUUGCUAAUUAAAGCUUUAUUAAGUUAUUAUGUCUGCCUAAAUUGAUUAUCACAACAAUUUAAUUAGCAAAAUUAUAUUCUGAUAAAUGUGAGUACUGGUAUUCAUCGUCAUGGAAAAUUUUCUGAAACCGGAACGUUUCGACUUCGACCCCACGUGUGCUAACGCUGAAAAUAAGUGGCUACAUUGGAAGAAAACUUUCGAAAACUUUUUGUCAAAGGUGCCUAAUCUUGCUGAAGAUAAUAAACUCCCACUCCUAAUUAAUUAUGUAUCAGCAAAUGUUUUCCAGUCAAUAAGUGAAGCCACCAGCUACUCGGCCGCUAUCUCUGUUUUGGAUGCACUCUACGUAGUAAAGAGGAAUGAAAUUUUCGCUCGUCAUUGCUUGGCCUCAAGAAACCAACUAUCUAAUGAAACUGUUAACGAAUUUCUUCAAGUUUUAAAGCAACUAAGUAAAAACUGUAACUUCACACAAGUCUCGGCUGAAACUUAUAAAAAUGAGUAUAUACGUGAUGCUUUCAUUAGAGGGUUGCGGAAUACCCGCAUUAGAGAGCGUCUGCUCGAAAAUACAACAAUCACUUUAGACAAUGCAGUCAACCAAGCCCGUGCUCUUGAACUGGCUGAAGCUCAUUCUGCUUCAUAUCUCACUAACUCACAACCUAUGCCUUCUGCUGCACUAGACUGUACUGAUGAUGCUUUUGAAAAAGAAACCCUUGCAGCAAUUCCUCGUGGAUCAUGUUUUUUCUGUGGUAAUAGUGAUAAUCAUAUACGAAGUAACUGUCCGGCUAGAAACAGUGUUUGUCAUUCGUGUGGAAAAAAAGGUCACUAUCAACGUGUGUGUAGAGCGAAAACUCGGCAUAAAAUAAAUACUACUGCCUCUGCUCAUCUAAUUGCUUCUGUGUCGCCAGCCCCUGGUUGUCUCCAAAAAUCCCUCACAUUUGUUACAGUAAAUAGUGUAAAAUUGGUUGCUCUAAUAGACACUGGGAGUUCACUCAGUUUCUUAAACUAUAAACAUGUUGAGAAAUGCAAUCUUCAACUGAAGUCAUACUCUGGAACUAUCACUAUGGCCAACUCUGCUGUUACCUCAAGUGUGGUUGGGCGUGCAACUGUAACUCUUGACCUUCUAGAUCACAAGUAUGAACAGAUUGAAGUACUGGUUAUGAAGAAUUUAUGUGCUGACUUUCUGAUUGGUCAUGACAUUCUUAAACUCCAUUCCUCCUUAGUCAUCAAUUUUGACGGCAGCAAGUCGCCCCUCCAAAUUUGCUCAUUAGCUGUUGCUAAAAUUCAACCUGUAUCAUUGUUUUCUAACCUGACGCCUGAUUGCAAACCAGUGCAAACUAAGUCAAGACGUCUCCCUCUAGAAGAUCAAGGGUUUAUUACCUCAGAGAUACAAAAACUCAUUGAAGAAGAGGUCAUCGAGCCCAGCAACUCUCCUUGGAGAGCACAAGCUUUUGUGGUGAAAGGUGAAAACAAAAAAUCUAGGAUGGUCAUCGAUUACUCUCAAACAAUCAACAGAUUUACAAUGUUAGAUGCUUAUCCUCUACCUAAAAUUGAGGAACUCAUAUCUAAGGUUGCUACCUACCAAGUGUUUAGUAAAAUAGACUUAAGAAAUGCAUAUCAUCAGCUCCCGAUUUUGGAUUCUGAAAAACACAUGACUGCUUUUGAGGCAGACGGAAAGCUUUUUCAGUUUAAACGUGUCCCUUUUGGAGUUACCAAUGGUGUGGCAUGCUUUCAAAGAACAAUUGAUAAAAUUGUACAAGAAGAAGGUCUUACAGAUACCUACCCUUACUUAGAUGAUGUGACUGUUUGUGGUACAAACCAACAGGAACAUGAUGAAAAUCUUGCAAGGUUCAAAUCUGCUGCAAUCAAGUUUAAUCUUACACUAAAUGAAGAAAAAUGUAACUACUCUUCUCAAUCUAUAUCCCUACUUGGUUACAUAAUUGAGAAUAAAAAUAUUAAACCUGAUCCAGAACGUCUGAAGCCACUCUUAAGUCUACCUGUCCCUAAAGAUACUGCUUCAUUGCAACGUGCUCUGGGAAUGUUCGCCCAUCAUGGAAGGUGGAUCCCUUCUUUCUCAAAAAAAAUUCGUCCCCUCUUGGCUUGCAACUCUUUCCCUUUAUCUCAGGAAGCUACCACAGCCUUCCAGUCAGUAAAAGAUGAUGUAGCCAAUGCAUCUCUUGCUGCAAUAGAAAAUGACAUUCCAUUUCGUGUAGAAACUGAUGCUUCUGACUUUGCCAUUGGGGCAACAUUGAGCCAAGCUGGUCGCCCUAUAGCCUUUUUUUCACGUACCCUAAAUCAAUCAGAGCAAAGACAUUCAUCUAUUGAAAAAGAAGCAUAUGCCAUAGUGGAAUCUCUGAAGUAUUGGCGGCAUUACCUUAUAGGGAGACACUUUGAGGUGUUUACCGACCAACGCUCAGUCUCUUUUAUGUUUAAUCAACAACACAAUAGCAAAAUAAAAAAUGAGAAGAUACUGCGAUGGCGUCUUGAGCUUGCCUGCUUCAAAUUUGAUAUUGUCUACCGCCCAGGAAGCAAGAAUUCGACUGCUGAUGCUUUGUCCAGAGUGUCCGCAUCUAUUGUCCCUCAGGUUUCUGACCUUAAAGACCUCCACUUUUCUCUUUGUCACCCAGGUGUUACCAGAAUGUUCCACUGGAUCCGUUCUAAAAAUUUACCUUACUCAAUCACUGAUGUGAGAGCUACUGUCAACAAUUGCCACAUCUGCAGAGAACUGAAACCAAAAUUUAUCAAAAACUCUGGAGUCCUCAUCAAAGCAACCUCAGCGUUUGAAAGACUCAACUUAGAUUUUAAAGGCCCCUUACCAUCCUCUUCUAAACAUCGAUUUCUUUUGACAAUUGUUGAUGAAUACUCCAGAUUCCCAUUUGCUUUUCCGUGCUCCGAUAUCUCAACUUCAACUGUCAUCUCCUGUUUGCAGACUCUCUUCUAUCUUUUUGGAAUGCCUGCAUAUAUCCACUCAGACAGGGGCACUUCUUUCAUGUCUCACGAACUAAAAUCAUACCUGACAGCUCAAGGAAUUGCUACCAGCCGAACAACAGCCUAUAAUCCAGCGGGUAAUGGCCAGGUCGAGAGAUACAAUGGCAUAAUUUGGAAAACUAUUGAGCUGGCUCUUAAAUCUGAAGGGCUUCCAACAAAUCAAUGGCAAGCCAUGCUACAACCUGCUCUCCACUCGAUUAGAUCAUUACUAUGUACUGCCACUAAUGAGACCCCUCAUGAAAGAAUGUUUGCACAUCCGAGACGCUCCCACACUGGCUGCUCUCUACCUACAUGGCUCACCAUUCCUGGCCCAAUUCUAAUGAAAAACCACAAUCGUAGUAAUAAGUAUCAGCCCAUGGUUCAAGAAGUGGAGCUGUUGGAGGCUAAUCCAGGAUAUGCUCAUGUCAGGUUACCUGACGGCAGGGAAACUACUAUUAAUGUCCGUCACCUGGCUCCUAGAGGGUUACUUCCUGAAAAGGCCCUUGAUGCAGAUAUGCUAGCAACCCCUCUACUAAAAACCCCACUUUCUGACAGCUCCCACGAGGCUACUGAUGAUCAACUUUUGGAAUCCUCACUUGAUGAGACCUGUUCUUCGGAAAACACUGACUCAUUUUUGAGACCAAAACAGGAAGAGACUUUGCCUCCUACUACAUCCAGAAUACGAAGACCACCUGCUUAUCUUUCAGACUUUGUUACUGACUGAUUCAAGUCACUCCCUGAACUCUUAAAAUAGCUCGGGGUGAAUGUGGUGAUAUUUAUUAACAUCUUGUUUUAACUGUAACUGUGCUUGAUUUUCAAUUGUUUUACUAUUUAUGUUUAUAAGUACGUAGUCCUCAGCGGCUAGCCUAAUUUUGCUAAUUAAAGCUUUAUUAAGUUAUUA